GAUGAAGAAGAUGCUGAUAAAGGUGAAGACGAAGAAGAAAAGCCUAAAACAAAGACAGUGAAGGAAACAACUUAUGAGUGGGAACUUUUAAAUGAUGUGAAGGCUGUAUGGCUGCGAAGUCCAAAGGAGGUUACAGAGGAAGAGUAUACCAAAUUCUACAACUCUCUUGCCAAGGAUUUUAGCGGCGACAAACCUUUAUCAUGGAGCCACUUUACUGCUGAAGGUGAUGUCGAGUUCAAAGUAGUCUUUUAUGCGCCACCAAAAGCACCUCAGGACUUGUACGAAAGUUAUUACAAUUCAAACAAAUCAAACUUGAAGUUGUAUGUUAGACGAGUGUUCAUUUCAGAUGAAUUUGAUGAAUUGUUGCCUAAGUAUCUGAGCUUUUUGAUUGGUCUUGUUGAUUCUGACACUUUGCCACUGAAUGUAUCACGAGAAAUGCUUCAACAACACAGUAGUCCGAGGACAAUAAAAAAGAAACUUAUUAGGAAAGCCCUUGAUAUGAUCUGUAAGCUUGCUGAAGAGGAUCCUGAUGAGUCCACUGACAAAGAAAAGAAAGAAGAGUCGUCUUCUGAAGUUGAUAAGAAGAGCUUGUCUGUGAAGCCGGAUUUGAAGAUCACCUUGGUUUUCGAAGUUGUAAAAGAUCACUCUGAACAGUCUGCAGAUAUAGCUCUUAGACGACUUUUUAAUUCCAGGCUGAUUAAUUUCUUUAAUCUGCACCCUCAGGUUACUAAGAUUCCACAGUCCAGACUACCAGAGCCCUUUAGCCAAGAAGCUUGUAAUUUGGCUUUCAAUGAAGGGCCUGCAGAUUUUGCAGCAGAACUUUCAUCAACUUCCAAUGAAGUUGUAGAGCAGCUGAACAACUUACAUUUGACUCCAUCUUUUAAAAGACGAUUUUAUCAGAGGAAUGCUACUGAACAGACGGUCCAGACUAAGCAAGUUCAAAGCUUUUCAUCAUCCGAAACCUCUCUGUCAUCAGAUGAAUCUGACUCCCUAGACAACCAAGAAAGUGAAAGCUCAUGGCAGAGAGAAUGUACACCAUUGUCUGAUUGUGAGAGUAAUCCUAAUGCAGAAAGUGGCAAGCAGAAGGAAUCAUUGGCAAUGUCUUUUCAGGCAAAUGUUAUUAAUACACCAUCAGAACAUAAGAUAUCCUCUCCGCGUUUUGUUAGCCGCUGUAAUUCUGAAAGCCCUGAUUUAAAAAUUGUCUCUUGUGCUGAUAGUUUGUUGACACAGACACCUGCUCUGUCAGCACCUGAGAGAUUGGUGCUUGGCUCUGAUGUUAAGCCUCAGAAAAUGACUGCUCAAAAGUCUAUGUCAGGCUUUAAGCCCGCAAAAAGAGCGCUUGACUUUACACUCACAGAAGGCAAUGGUGAUUUCGAUUAUAGAGCAGACAUGUUAGAAUCUAGCAAAGCUAUGCCUGAAUCUGAGUAUUGCAAAUCUUUUGAUUCUGUUUCCCUGCCUCGAGAGAUACAAGAGAAUCUUUGUUAUUCCUUUGAGAAAAUCAACCAAAAUCAAAUUAGUUUGGAUGCAUCAGAUGACAAUCCUCCAUCAUUAGUGGAACUAGUUAAUGUGAUUGACUCUAUAUUUAGCUCUGCCAAAACAAAUGAAAUCACAAAAGAGGAGCUCCUGCAAAAGAUAAUGGUUAACUGUUCAGAUUUUGUUAAGGCUACUGAGAAGAAAUCAAAGAAGCAAAGAUCUUCCAAAUCCCAAUCUACCGGUCAAGCGAAGGGAUUGCUAAAAAAUGUAACUCUGCAGCAGUCGAAGAAUUCAGAAUCUGAAAAGCCAAAUUAUAGUCAUCAAGAAGUUAGUGACCUCACUACUAAUAUUUCAGAAAGCAUCAUUAAAAUACUUGUUGAGAAUGACUCAAAGUCAUUUAGUCCUGUUGCCUCCCAGAAUACUGAAUUGCCUGCAGGGAGAGCUUGGAAGCCUGCUCCUGGUUUCAAGGCGAAGUCUCUAUUAGAAAUCCAACAUGAAGAGCAGAAAAAGGCACGGACAGAGAUGCCUGUAAUUGAGGUUGCUACUACCGUCAAUUCCCACAGUGUGACUACUCCCUGGGUUGGAGUUGUGGCCAAUCCAGACUCUAUCAAGGUGUCCAGUCAAAAUCAUUGA